AUGACCUGCUACAUCCACGUGUUUCGGCUGACCUCGAUCUGCCCCGGCCACCCGUGGCAGGAGUGGCAGGGCUCCUGUUACCGGCUCACCUACGACACCGCACCCUGGCAUGGUGUCAGGGGCGAUUGCAAGGUCUUCUUCAGGUCCGCCGACGCUGCCAGCGUCACCAGCAAGGACGAAAACGACUUCAUAAAAAAUCUGGCAGGCCAGAAAGCUGUCUGGCUGGGCCUGAGGUCGACCAACAACCUGCUGACCUGGACGGACGGCACGGCCGUCAGCUACCGCAACUUCCCCGGCAGCCGUACCCAGACCAAGGGCGCGGAGGAUGUUGUCCAGAUGGAGCCGUCGGGCCGGUGGCGGUUCGCCGCCUCGCACACGGCCGGCGCGCUGCGGGGCGUCUGCAAGAUGCCCUCCUGCCGCUGCCCCUCCGGCUGGCGUGAGUGGGACCGCCGCUGCUACCGGGCCGUGACGUCACGCGUCAGCUGGACCGAGGCGCGCCAGCGCUGCCGCAAGAUGGCGCCCACCGCCGACCUCGUCAGCAUCAUCAACGAGCGCGAGAACAACUUCGUGUUCGAUCUGCUGAAGGAGUACCCGUUCUGGAUCGGGCUGAACGACCGCGAGCGUGAGGGUCAGUUCGUCUGGAGCAGCGGCGAGAAGUACCCGUACACCAACUGGCACCGGCCGUCCGAGCCCAACGGCGUGAAGCACAGCCAGGACUGCGCUGAGAUGCUGCAGGACAAGACGUGGGCGGACAACUCGUGCCACGUGCACAACGGCCGCACCCGGCCGUUUGUCUGCGAGCUCAUCAUCUGCGGCCGGGCCGAGCAGAUCCUGCGCGAGCCAGUCCGCGACGCCCAGAUCCGCCUCUGGCAGCCCAACGAUGAGCUGCGCUGUCCGGACGGCUGGAGUCGUAGCGGCAGCCGCUGCUACAGCAGCCCCACCGCGCCGAACACGUUCGCCCGCGUGCAGGCGCAGUGUGCCAGCCGCCACCCGCAGGGCACCGUGGCGCUGCUGCGCUCCGUCGAGGAGAACGACAGAGCCUUCUUCGCCGCCGGCUCGCUGCCGAUGUGGAUCGACUACGGCAGCCGGUCGGGGCGUGCCGUGCCGGCCGCCACGGAGCGGCUCAGCCAGCCGACCUCCACCUUCACCUACUGGGAGCCGAACGUGAAGCUGGCCCGCUCGGUCGACAGCGACUGCGCCGGGAUGGAGCAGUCGAGUCAGUGGCGUCCCCACCGGUGCGACGUGGACCGGCUGCCCGGACUCUGCGAGAUCCCCGCUUGUGACCCCACCUGUCCACCGGGCUGGAUCCCGUUCGGGGGCCACUGCUACCGUCUGGUCGGCCCGAAGCGGACGAGGGCGGACGCCGCCGCUGUCUGCCAGAGAGACGGCGGGCAACUGGCCAGCAUCCAGAGUCAGGACGAGAACGACUUCAUCACCACGCUGGCGUUCCGCUCCGGCACCGACUUCAGCGACUGGACGUCCCGCUACGCCUGGAUCGGCGCCGGGCGUGCGGACCCGACCGCCGCCUGGGCCUGGGCCGACUGCGACGCCUGGACGAUGGCGCGCUGGCACGGCGGCGACGGCGACGACAGUUCGCGCACCACCGGCACGUGCGCGGCCCUGCUCUACACGGGCCGCUGGCGGGACGACGUCAACUGCGAGCGUGGCGCGUUCAGCUCGGUAUGUGAACUGGACCCGUGCCGAAAGCAGUUCGGGCCCGCCGACCGGUCCGGCUGCCGCACCGGCAAGGUCACGGAGGUCACCGAGCCGCCGCCGAAGGUCACCAAGCUGCCGCCGAAGGCUACCGAGCCGCCGCCCACGUCAGCACCCGUGAAAAAGGAGCGCUUCAUCUGCCCGCCGGACUGGACGCAGCUCGAUGACUAUUGCUACAAGGGAGUGAUCGAGCCGGACACGUUCAUCGGCGCCCUGCAGACGUGCACGGUCACCUUCAGCCCAGCGCACGUGGCCAGUGUGCACUCACCGCGGGAGAACCGGCUGCUGCUCGAGCUGACCGGCGGCGGCCCCAGCUGGCUCGGCCUCACCUCGGCCUACGACUUCCCACGCUGGCGCUGGCUGGACGGCUCGCCGGACGGCGACUUCACCGCCUGGGCCGGCCGGCAGCCGGACACCACCACCGCCAACAUGAAGGUCUGCGCCGCCGUGAACCGGCGCGGCCGCUGGGCGGCCCGCGCCUGCACCAGGGGCAGGAACAGCUACGCCUGCCGCCUGCCGGCAGUGCGUGUGGUCGCGGAGCCGACCUGUCCAGACCCCACCAACUGGCGGGAAGAGGCCGGCUCCUGCUACGCCUUCCACCGGGACGGCCAGAACUACCUGAAGGCGCGCGUCGCCUGCGCCCGCAUGGCCGGCAGCGACUUCGGCGUCCGGCUGCCUGUGGUGGAGAACGCGCUGGAGGACGCAGCGCUGCAGAGGCUGGCUAACGGUCACGUAAUCCGACUGGGCCUGACGAACGACUGGUCGGACGGCGUCUGGCGCUGGGAGGACGGCACGGCGCUGGGCUACACCAACUGGCUUCGGCCACCGAUUGACGGCCAGGGCCCACUGUGCGCCACCUUGGACGGUCGGCAGGGCGGCUGGCUAGCCCAGAGCUGCGACGACGCCGUGUCCUUCUACUGCGAGGUGGCAUCGGCAUCAGGCUCGGAAGCCAGCUACGAUUACGAUUACUACAGUGAUUACGAGUAGGUGGUGAGUGCUGAAGAUGCUACGUCCUGGACUAGAAGUGAGUUGUGUGUUCGUUGCGUGUUGAUGGAUGGUUGAAGUUCUCAUGUUGGUGCCGACGCUCGCGCUGGAUAUGAUAAAUACAUUCUCGUCUCGAUUGAGAUCUC